AUGGAAACCCGGCAACGAGCUUUUGCACAAAAAUUGAAAUGGCAACCCAAUGCCGAUAUACGUCAGCAGAUUUCAAGUAUGCCUUCGCAUCAUAAGCAGGAUAUUUCUAAACACCAAUUAUCUCAAGGAAAGGUUUCUCUAAGUGAUGUUGUUGAGCCUUUAGAUUUUGAGGAAUACUUGGAUCAACAUAGAGAUCAAAUUGAAUGUGAUCCUUUUCGACAUAUGCUUGAUUUUCCUGAUGAUGAUUUAGAAAUUUGUAUAUUGCCUCGAAAGCAUAGAACUUUGGAGCACAUUGUACCUGACGAUGAAGUAGGUGAAUUGAACCAACAAGUGAAAGAUUGCAUUCGUUGUUAUACCGCUGAUUGGAUCAUCAUAAACCGCAGGUACCAACAGUACAGCUCUAGCUUCUGCUCCUUUGAAAGAAAUUUAGAAAGGCAAAGUUUAGCUAAAUCGGUUCCAAAACAAGAGUUUGAAAUUGAUAUAACAUUACCAUCUUGUGACUACAAAGAUGAUGAUACACGUUUAAAGCAAAUAAAUGAACAACCUGUUCAGCAUCCUCCCCUUGCUGAAGAUGAAGAUACAUCAGAUUCGUCAGCACCAUCAUCAAAUAGGCAGUCUUUUCAACUUGCUGAUACACCACGAGGUAGCUGGGCCAGUAGUGUGUUUGAUCUUCGAAAUUCACAGGCUGAUCCUUUGAUCCCAUCUCUCUUCGAUCAUACACCAUCUGAUGCCAUGGAUUACAUGAAUGAAAUCAAAAGACAAGAAAAUAGGAUUGAUUCUUUAUUUGCUUUGUAUCCUCCAUUAGAUGAUGAAGAUUGUGUGGAAAGAAGGUUACCUGGACCAAUUCCUAGUGAACACAUUGGACAUCGUUUGAUUGUCAAAUGCUUAGCUCUAAAAUUAGAUCUUGAAAUAGAACCUAUCUUUGGAACAAUGGCUUUGUAUGAUGCAAAAGAAAAAAGAAAAGUGUCUGAGAAUUUUUAUUUUGAUAUGAACUCUGAGCCUUUAAAGAGAAUGUUGUCUGGUCAUAUAUGCUACCAAGAUGUUUCAACAUUAAGUAGAUCAUGCAUUUUUCAAAUUACGAAUCCAUCUCCAGACUUGUUCUUAGUUAUCAAGUUAGAAAAAGUUCUUCAAGGAGAUAUUAACGAAUGUAUUGAACCAUAUGUAAAAGAUGAUAAAAACAGAGAAAAAUUGAAAAGUAAUGCUGUGUUGACUUGUGACAGAUUAGGAAAGUAUAGAAUGCCAUUCGCCUGGACAGCGAUAUAUUUAAUGAAUAUAAUAAAUGGUGUUAACAACAUGGACAAAGAUUCUGGAAGUGAUAGGGAUAGUAUAUCUUCCAAUAGCUUAGAUCGAAAAACGGGAAAUGGAUUUGAGACAUUACGCAAAAAAACAGCUGAUACAAGCACCCUUAGCCGUGCAUCUUCUUUAGAACGUCGCAAUACCUUAGACAAAAGACAUAGUUGGUGCUCAGAUGAAAUGGGUACCAAUCUUGAUAACUUUCGACCUGUGACUCUUACUGUUAAUAGCUUCUUUAAACAAGAAACAGAUCGUUUACGAGAUGAAGAUCUGUUCAAAUUUUUACUGGAUUUGAAAAGGCCAUCUUCAGUUUUGAAAAGAUUAAAAUGUAUUCCAGGAGUACUGAAGUUGGAUAUUGCACCUUGCCCAGAAGAACCCAAAUAUUGUUUAACUCCCGAGCUGGCACGUCUUCAUCCAUAUCCAGAUGAAAAAGGACGACCAACUAAAGAAAUACUUGAGCUUCCAGUGAAAGAAAUAUAUGCUCCCCAUUACUCUUACAGAAAUCUUUUAUUUUUAUAUCCUAAAGAUGUUAAUUUUACUAAUCGCCCUGGUUCUGCUCGUAACAUUACCUGUAAAGUGCAAUAUAUGGCAAAUGAAGAAAUUCACAGUGCUAUGCCUAUAAUUUUCGGCAAGUCCAGUUGUCCUGAGUUCUUAACUGAGGCAUAUACUGCAAUAACCUAUCAUAACAGAUUUCCUGACUUUUAUGAUGAAAUAAAAAUUAAAUUGCCUGCAGUUUUUACAGAACAACACCAUCUUCUGUUCACAUUUUAUCAUAUCAGUUGCCAAAAGAAGAUAGAACAGAAUCCAACUGAAACUCCAAUUGGUUAUACGUGGUUUCCAUUGUUCAGAGAUGGUAGAUUACAGACAGGCGACUUCAGCUUACCAGUAAUGAUGGAGGUUCCUCCUGCAAGUUAUUCUUUUCUUACACCUUUUAUUCAAAUUCCCAAUACAAAAUGGGUUGAUAACCAUAAAGGAAUCUUCAACAUCAGUAUCCAUGCCGUAUCUUCUGUAUUUCCAAAAGAUUCAAAUGUUGAUAGAUUCCUCAGCAUAUGCCGUAUGAUAGAAGAAGGUUCUAUGCCAAACAGAAUUGGAGAAAAUUCCUUAGAGCAAGAACUCAAGAAUAGCAUGCUGGAAAUUACUAACUCUCCUGAUAAUUCUUUGGAAUCUCUAGUAAACUUUCUACCACUUGUUUUAAACAAGUUAAUCUAUUUACUUGUCAGACCCCCAGUUGUUGCAGGACAAACAAUGAAUAUUGGUCAAGCUGCUUUCGAAGCAAUAUCGAUGGUUGUGAAUUCAAUUACGUCUGGAUUGGAGCAACUGAAUGAUCGACACAGUAGAAAUAGUUUGCUGGUCACUUACGCAUCAUAUCAGUGUACUGUUCCACAUCAUACAUCUUCUAUAUAUGGAUCCGCUACGAGCGAAUCAAAUCAAAUAGGAUUAGGUUAUGGUACAAUUGGCAGACACUUAUCUACACCAAUCCAUAGAUCUUGUUUUGGCCGGAGCAACAGCAAUCCAGAUAUUGUAUCUUAUGCUGAUGCAGAUGGAGAAGUCAGCUCUAUUCUUUGUAGAGGCCUUGAUCGAACUGCCAGCAUGCGAGCGGCAGCUGUGAUACAGGACAAUGUGCUUUGUGCCAUCUCCUUGUCACAGACACGAAAAGUUCUUCAUGAAGAAUUAGCCCUGCAGUGUGUGGUUUCGAGUGGCACAUCUAGAGAGCUUAUAUUAAGGAACGCAUGGUUCUUUUUUGAUCUGAUAAUCAGGAGUAUGAUCGAACAUUUAGCUGCUACCAAUCGACUUGACAUCCCACGUAAGAUGAGGUUUUGUGCUCAAUUUUUUGAUGACAUAACAACUUUGGUUACCACUGUUACAUCUGAUAUAAUUAGUCGUUGCCAUAAAGAAGGUGAUGAAAAAUUUACAAAAAAUUUAAACUCCAGUUUAGCCUUCUUCUUAUGUGAUCUGUUUUCUGUAGUGGAUAGAGGUUACGUGUUCCUUCUUAUAAAGUCCUACUUCAAACAAAUGUCGGCUAAAAUCUCAACACUUCCAGACAGUAUCUUCUUAAUGUCACUGAAACUCGAUUUUAUGCGUAUUAUUUGCAGUCAUGAACAUUUUGUCACCUUAAAUAUACCGUUUGGAACGCCUCUAUCGCCUUCUCCAGCAACAUCUCCUUGUCCAAGUGUUGCUUCAUCUUCUUCCCAGUGUUCCUUGCUUUCUACAGGAACUCUAAUAGAGAAAGGAAAUUUCACUGAGCUUACGACUGAAUUCAGGCAACAGCAUUUUCUGAUUGGCUUGGUUUUGUCGGAUCUGUGGGCAGUAUUAUCAAUGAACAAUCCAAUGCUUCAAAAUAAAGGCAUAAAUAUGGUGCGCAAUCUCUUCACAUCUCAUGAUUGGGAUGUUCGUUUGACAGAAGCAGAUCAAAAGGCUCGCGUGGCAAGUUUAUAUUUACCUCUUGUUGGAAUCGUACUGGAUGCGUUGCCUUUGUUAUAUGAUUGGCAAAGCUCAAAUGUUGGUCAUGAUGCUGAAAAUGAAUCUGAUUAUAGAUUAAGUCAUGAAGUAGCAUCUGCUAUUUCAACAUCUAGUGUUCCAGUAAAGUCUUCAUCAAAAUCAUAUGAUAUAUUUCAGAACCACAAACAGCUGAAAGAAGAUCAAACUAGACAUUUACUUACUUGUGUUUUGUGGGUGCUAAAGAAUGUUGACAAGAAAGUCUUGAGAAAUUGGUGGAGUGAAUUAAAACCCCGGAGAUUGCAUCAGUUACUCGAAAUAAUGUAUAUCAGCAUUUCUUGUUUUGAGUAUAAGGGGAAGAAAGCAUUAUUAAGAUGCAGUCAGCAGCAUAUACAGAAAACAUCUGACAUAAAAUCUCGCUUAGAAGAUGUUAUAUUGGGCCAUUCCAGUGCAAGAAGUGAAAUGAUGAGAAGAAAAGAUCGCAACCCUCCAUCCCCUUCACCUCAGUCUGGUGAUAAACUUAGAUGGAGAAAGGAUCAGAUGAUUUGGAAAUCAAGCAUUGAUGUUGUGGACAGACCCAAACUAGAUACAGAAGCAGUGAUCCAAAUAGAAAGUAAUCUUUCUUCAGAAGUGAAUAUGAUUGUUCUUGAUACACUUGAGCUUAUUGUUCAGGUUGCUUGUCACACUGACAUGUUGCAAGGCGUUCUUAGCACUGUUUUGAAAGUUCUGUUACAUGCCCUUGGAACUAACCAAAGCACAACUGUCCUGCAAAAUAUGUUCACAACUCAGCGUUCUUUAGUCUAUAAAUUUCCUGAACUGCUCUUUGAAGAAGAAACUGAACAAUGUGCUGAUUUAUGUUUGAGGUUACUAAGGCACUGUAGUUCAAGCAUUAGCAGUGUUCGUUCUCAAGCAUCUGCAUCUCUCUAUCUUUUAAUGCGUCAGAAUUUUGAAAUAGGCAAUAACUUUGCUCGUGUUAAAAUGCAAGUAACAAUGUCUUUGAGUUCAUUGGUGGGAACUAAUAGAAAUUUUAAUGAAGAAUAUUUAAGACAUUCCUUAAAAACUAUUCUUGUAUAUGCAGAAGACGAUUCAGAACUUCAAGCUACUACAUUUCCCGAACAAGUACAUGAUUUAGUCUUCAAUUUGCACAUGAUUUUAUCUGACACUGUUAAGAUGAAAGAAUUUCAAGAAGACCCAGAAAUGCUCAUGGAUUUGAUGUAUCGUAUAGCUAAAGGUUAUCAAACUUCACCUGAUUUACGUCUUACAUGGCUUGCUAAUAUGGCACAAAAGCAUACUGAAAGAUGCAAUCAUGUUGAAGCUGCUCAUUGUUAUGUUCAUUCUGCUGCCCUCGUUGCAGAGUAUCUUUAUAUGCUGGAAGACAGAUCAUAUCUUCCUGUGGGCUGUGUAGCUUUUGAGAAAAUAUCCCCAGAUGUUUUGGAUGAAAGUGCAGUAUCAGAUGAUGUCGUUUCUCCUGAUGAGGAGGGCAUUUGCACAGGAAAAUAUUUUACAGAAAAUGGCCUGAUAGGAUUAUUGGAACAAGCUGCAAAUUCUUUUAGUUUGGGUGGCAUGUAUGAAAAUGUAAAUGAAGUUUAUAAAAUAUUAAUUCCUAUUGCUGAAGCAUAUAGAGAUUACAAAAGCUUGGCUCUUAUACAUAGCAAAUUACAUGAUGCAUUUGUGAAGAUUGAUCAACAGGUUGGAAAAAGAGUCUUUGGAACCUAUUUUCGAGUGGGAUUUUAUGGAAGCAAAUUUGGCGAUUUGGAUGGUGAAGAAUUUAUAUAUAAAGAACCAUAUUUAACAAAAUUGCCAGAAAUAUCACACAGAUUAGAAAAUUUUUAUGUUGAAAGAUUUGGUGCAGAAUUUGUUGAAGUCAUUAAGGAUUCAAACACAGUGGAUCGUGUGAAACUAAAUCCUGACAAAGCAUAUAUCCAGAUCACUUAUGUGGAACCUUUCUUUGAGGAUUGGCAGUUAAGAGAAAGAGUUACUCAUUUUGAUAGGAAUUAUAAUAUCAAAUGUUUUAUCUAUGCAACACCAUUCACUCCAGAUGGACGUGCUCAUGGUGACCUUCAUGAACAAUAUAAAAGGAAAACCAUUCUAACUACUGCAUGCUCUUUCCCGUACGUAAAAACAAGAAUUCAAGUUGUUGAACGUCAACAGAUUGUUCUCACUCCGAUUGAAGUUGCAAUAGAAGAUAUUAAGAAAAAAAAUCAAGAACUUGCUGCUGCAACAUCGCAAGAUCCAGCUGACCCGAAAAUCUUGCAGAUGGUACUUCAGGGUUGUAUCGGAACAACUGUGAAUCAGGGUCCUAUGGAAAUUGCUCAUGUGUUUUUGAUUGAUUUAGUAGAUGGGAAAAAGUCUCCUACUGCCCUUCAACACAAAUUAAGACUUUCCUUUAAAGAUUUUCUUUUAAAAUGUAACGAAGCCUUGAGAAAAAAUCGAACAUUAAUUGGUCCUGAGCAGAAAGACUAUCAAAGAGAAUUAGAGCGAAAUUAUCACAGAUUUAUGGAACGACUUCUUCCGAUGAUCAAACUUUCUAAUUCAUCAGUUGCAAAACUUAGCAGAGAGAGGCAUGGGAGUGGAGAUAAAGGAUCUAAAAGGAAACAAUGAUUCAGACAAUCUAAAAAAUGUUACCACUGAUCCUCUAGCCAAUGAAAAAUCUGAUCUCUAGUUUGCAGUGGCAAAUAUUUGUUUUUUGUUAUUGAUCAAUCAUAGCAUUUAAAAAAAUUCUCAAUUUGUUAGUUGAUUGAUGUGUUUUAUUUUUUGAAUAUUUAUUUACUUGCUUUUUAUUUUUAUCUAUUAUGUAUGUGUUGCAUUAAUUUUAAAAUGAAACACGUUUUUGGUAAUUGCUCCCUCUUCCCUACCCCCAAAAAGUACUUUUUAAAUCUCUUGCCAUGCUCAUUUCAGAGUUUUUUAAGGGAUGUAGGA